AUGCCCAGUGAAUUGCGUGAGCUUAUUAAGCAGGAUCGUAACCUGCGAAGAACUUUAGACUCGGUGCGUCAGUUUGCGUCCAGUGAAAGCAACAACAGUGAACUUAUAAGUGUGCGAUUGGAACUGUUAGAAUCCACCUUUGAACAGUUUAAAAAAGUGCGAACCGAAAUUGAGCUGCAAACUGACCACCUGAGCGCUUCAACGAUCGAAUUGAGUGAACAAACGGCAUUGGAUCAAGCAAGGGAGGAAGAGAAUGUGGGAAUCCUGGUAGAAUUCGAGGAAGACUACUGUGUGGUGAAGAGUGAACUUCGGCGCCAGUUGUCAGCGAUAAAAGCAUCAACCAACGCAACUCCAGCUCCAAGUGCAGCCGAAUCUUUUGGUCCUCCCUCAACUCUGGCAAGGGUGAAGUUGCCGGAAAUCAAGCUGCCGAUUUUCAGUGGGAAGUCCAAAGAAUGGGUCACCUUUAGAGAUUCCUUUAAGAGCCUGAUCCACUCCAGCAACCAACUCAACGAUACAGACAAGUUCUGCUACCUUCGAUCGGCCGUGACGGGUGAAGCUCUUCAAGCCAUUGCUUCAGUGGACAUCACCGCCGCAAACUACGAUAUCGCUUGGUCAACCCUAGAAAAGCGUUAUGAGAACCGGAAGCUGCUGGUAAAAUCCUACUUGGACUCCCUGUUUUCCAUCGAGCCGAUGAGGAAGGAGAGUUACGAUUCACUCAACAUGUUGCUCAGCGAAUUCGAGCGGAACCUCCAAAUGCUGCAAAAGGUAGGCGAGAACCCAGGCCAGUGGAGCACGCUCCUGGUUCACAUGCUGUGUUCACGCCUGGAUCAAUCCACCCUGCGCCAGUGGGAAACCCACCACUGUUCCAAGGAGGUUCCGCUGUACGACGACCUGAUGUGUUUCCUGCGCAACCAUUGUUCGAUGUUGGAAUCCAUCGCUCAUCGGAGACCUGAACGACCAGAGAGCAGCGAACAACGUUUCAAGUUUGGUGUUAGUAAUCCUGCAGUUCCAUCCCAAAUUAUGUGUCCGUUUUGUGGUGAUAUGUUUCAUAUAGCUUUCCGGUGUACUAAAUUCCUGAAACAAACUGUCGGUGAAAGAAGUGAAUCUGUGAAGCGAGCUAGAUUGUGUUAUAAUUGUUUGUCCUCCGGUCAUCUAGCUCGUGAUUGUGUCAAAGGUUACUGUCACCAUUGCGGAAUGCGUCAUCACUCGCUUUUACACCCCAUAUCCUCCGUCUCGCAGCAAUCAACUCGUCAUACACCUUCAGUGUCUCAGCCUCGUCGUCAUUCUCCAUCAUCAUCACACACCUCACCGAUAUCCAACCAGCCAACCCCAAGCCACCCUCCCAACACUCAACCUUCGACCUCGUAUCCAGUUACACAGCCCAUUCUCACCACAGACCCUCAGCAAACCAUAGCACUUCCCUCCCACACACCGAACCUCACGAAACAAGUCCUGUUGUCCACAGCCAUAGUUCGCAUCCAGGACUCUCUUGGCAAUACUCGACUAGCUCGAGCCUUGAUCGACUCGUGCUCCCAGUUUUGCUUCAUGACCACUCGAUUCAGCCAACAACUAAAACUGCGACACGUUCCAGAAAACCUCACCGUUCAAGGCAUCGGUGGAUCACGAGCUAUGUCACGCAAACUGGUGGUAGCCUCCGUUCGUGCUCGGACCUCGCUCAUCUCAGCUUUCAACGCCCAAAUGAGCUUCUUUAUUUUGCCUGAGCUGACAGCCACACUUCCCGCAAAACGAGUCGAGUACGAGAGUUGGCGUUUACCCCACAAUGUUCAGCUUGCUGAUCCCAGCUUUUCGGAACCAGGAGAGAUCGACAUGAUUAUUGGCGCCGAACAAUUCUUCGAUCUGCUUCUGGAAGGCAGAUUCAAGCUGUCGAAUGAUGGUCCAAGUCUGCAAAACUCUGUUUUCGGAUGGAUAGUUGCUGGUACCAUUCCGAAUAAAUCUGCAUCCUGUUCGCCUUCCUCUGUGACUUGUUCAGUAGCAGAAAUUCAGGAGCAGCUCACAAAAUUCUGGGAACUGGAAUCGUGUAGAUCAACAAGUACCCAAUCCGUGGAAGAGUCGACUUGUGAGGAGCUUUUCGCUGAAACCACCACCCGUGACUGCGACGGAAAAUUUGUUGUCUCUUUGCCGAAACGUGAUCACGUAAUUCGGCAACUGGGAGAGUCUCGUAACGUGGCACUGAGGCGAUUUUUCAGCGUAGAGAAGCAGUUUGAGUCCAACAGCGAAAAGAAGUCAGCGUACACAGCAUUUAUGGAGGAAUACAUCAGUCUCGGCCACAUGCGCGAAGUUUCUAAUCCUGAUGAAGCGUCACCGGUCUAUUAUCUCCCACAUCAUGCGGUUUACAAGCCUGACAGCUCCACAACAAAACUUCGCGUCGUCUUCGAUGCCUCCUGUAAGACUACCACCGGAGUCUCACUCAACGACGGUCUAUUGGUGGGACCCGUAGUUCAAGAAGAUUUGUUGUCCAUCGUCCUUCGGUUCCGGUUGCAUCGAGUCGCCGUUGUUACUGAUGUGGAGAAAAUGUACCGCAUGGUCAAGGUACAAGCCGAAGAUCAACGUCUCCAGCGUAUUCUAUGGAGAGAAUCUCCAGAAAUUCCGGUCCGUACGUACGAGCUCGUCACUGUAACUUAUGGUACAGCAUGCGCACCGUAUCUGGCAACCAAGUGCCUUCAGCAGUUAGCAGACAGUGGAAAGGAAUCGUAUCCCGAAGCAGCAAGGAGUCUACAAUACGAUACGUACGUCGAUGAUUCUCUCACUGGAGCGAAUUCAGUCGACAGUGCGAUAAAGUUAGCGAAGGAGAUGAUUGAACUAGCAGCAGCAGGUGGUUUUUUGUUGAGAAAGUUCAACUCAAAUUCAGCCGACGUACUGUCUGCAAUACCAGAUCAUCUUAUAGACGAGCGCGCUUCCUUGAACUUGGAUUCUUCGACUGCAGCUGUGAAGACGUUGGGUUUAGUGUGGAAACCUGCUACCGAUUGUUUCGUUUACGACUGUCCAGUUUGGAGCGACAAGGCCAAGAUCACCAAAAGAGUUGUGCUUGCAGAGACAGCACGCCUCUUCGACCCGAUUGGACUUGUGGGCCCCGUUGUUGUCAUCGCGAAGAUAUUUCUGCAAGAUCUUUGGAAACUCCAGUGUGGAUGGGACGAUUCGCUUCCAGAGGAGAUGCAGAACUUUUGGCAGGAGUAUCGGAUGAACCUGAAAGCCCUAUCUUCACUCUCGGUUCCACGUUGGUUGACCUUUCAUUCCGAAGCAUCAUUUGUCGAGAUACACGGUUUCUGUGACGCAUCCGAAAAGGCUUACGGAGCCUGUGUUUAUCUUCGUUGUACAGCAGAAAAUGGUGAAGUUACCGUCCGUUUGAUAACCGCAAAAUCCAGAGUAGCACCUUUAGACGACCUGAAGAGGAAGAAGAAGAAGCAGACAAUCCCGCGCCUCGAGCUUUCAUCUGCUCUUCUCUUGGCUCACCUGUACGAAAAAGUUAAGCGCAGUUUAAGAAUUGCGCAUUCUGCAGAGUUUUGGACAGAUUCCACCAUCGUAAUCUGUUGGCUGUCAUCUUUACCGUCCCGUUGGCAAGCUUUUGUUUCAAACCGUGUCUCCGAGAUCCAGCAUACCACUAAAGGCUGCCAGUGGCACCAUGUUGCAGGAGUGGAAAAUCCAGCGGACAUCAUCUCGAGAGGCAUGAUGAUCCGUUUUGAUGAAAUGAACACCAUCUCGAUUCAAAUUGAAGCUAUUCUCAACUCCCGUCCGUUGACACCAAUGACUAACGAUCCUGCAGAUUACGAAGCCAUCACACCUGGUCACUUUCUGAUCCACCGACCGUUAACAGCCGUGCCGGAGCCUUCCAAGGAACAUAUUCCAGAGAACCAUCUUUCGAGAUGGCAAAGAACCGAAGUCUUUUAUGAACGCAUUUGGAAGCGCUGGUCCUCCCAAUAUCUGUCGGAUUUACACAACCGCACCAAGUGGACUAGGAAACGAAACAACAUAGCCGUUGGAACCAUGGUGCUCCUCAAGGAGGACAACCUUCCCCCGUUGCAGUGGGCUCUCGGUCGUGUGACGAAAAUCUACCCCGGUCCCGAUGGCAACAUCCGAGUCGUCGACGUCAAAACCAAGGAUAGCCAGUUCCAGCGAGGAAUCCAGAAGAUUUGUGUUCUUCCCAUCAAGGACAACAUUGAUCCAGCAGGAGAACUAAAUUCACCACCACCCACUCCAGUAUACAACAUAAGUUUAGUCGUCCACCGAAUUCGACCAUUCCUGCCUUUCCAUUGUGAUGAUCCUGUCGUGUCAAGCAUCAGCCAACUUUAUCUGGCGGUCAUCGUAAGCUGA